UCUCAGACUCCUUUGCACUUGGCUGUAAUCACGCAUCAGCCUGCUGUGGUGAAGGCUCUCCUAGAUGCAGGAUCAGACCCUGGAGCUCUGGAUCGUAACGGACAGACUGCACAGCAUUUGUGCUGUGAGCACGGAGAGGCUGAAUGUCUCUCCAUUAUCCUCAGACACUACUCACACAAGAGCCCGUCCCACGUGGAGAUCAGGAACUAUGAGGGUCUGACGCCCCUCCACCUGGCUGUGCAGAAUGGAGAUCAGAUACUGACGGGAAUCUUACUGGACAGCGGAGCUGAAAUCAACGCUGGGGAUAAUAAAAGUGGUCGCAGUCCUCUGAUUCAUGCUGUGGAAAACAAGUCUUUAGACAUGGUCAUAUUUCUGAUCGAGCGUGGGUGCGAUGUGAACGCUCAGUCCUACAGUGGGAACACAGCGUUACACAGCGCCUGUGGCAGGGGUCACAUCGAGCUGGUGAGGGUCUUGCUGAAGAACGGAGCUGACAGCAGUCUGAAAAACAACCACAACGACACUGCCAUCAUGGUAGCAAAAAACAAAAAGGUGUCUGAUGUGCUGCGUGGAAAAGGCACUCGCAGCUUCACUGGGAAAACAAUAUCUAGCAGCAGUGGCUCUCUGUCCCCUGGCAGCUCCAGCCACUCUCCCCGAAUGACUCCCACGUUUCAGCGCAGCGCGUCACACUCUCCUGUGACUCCAGUUUUACCCCGCAGUCAGUCAGUGGAGAGCAUUUCAGAACGCCAUUCGCCAUUGAACAGCAAUGAUAAAGCACUUUUCCAAAUGCAGACACUCCACAGUUCACCAGUGGACAACAGGGCAGGCUACGGAUUCCAUAACCUUCCAUAUCUGUCCCCAUCCAGGUAUGACCACAUGAAGCCCACUGUCCAUAGAAGGACGCUUAUCGCUUCUCCUUAUUACUAUGGUCCUGGAUUUCCAAGACCUCCGUAUUAUUCAGACGCACCGUUCAUUUUAGUCCCCAGUUUGCCUUUGCAGGCCGCAUUUGUCUCUCCACAGGGGACCAUCAACCAAUCACGGCCCUCCAGUCACAGCAGUGACCAAUCAGACAUAUCUACUGUGAGUGUCAACAGUGAAGAAAGAGGUGUGAGUUGAUAGCUGCGGGCAUCUUAAAGUUAUAUAUUGUAUAUUCAUCCAAAAAUAAGAAUAAUCUGUCAACACAUUCAGCAUUGUGUCUCUUCAAACUUGAAUGAAUUUCUUUCUGCUGUGGAACACACAGCUAAAAUUAAAAGAGGACCUCAAAGUUAUUAUGUAUAUACACACACACACACACACACACACAAAUUUACUUGCAUACACCCAGCAGGUACAAAACAUAAAUAAGACGUUAAUAUUAAGUUAGAUUUAGGUCAUGAAGUCUGGUGACCAAAAUUUAAUAUCUAGCCAGCGUCUAGGGACAUUAUUAUUUUGACGUCUAAUAAUGACAUCAAAUGACGUUGAUAUUUGGUUAAUUUUAGUUUGUGUUGGAAAGUGACCAAAAUACAACAAACCAACACCUUAAACCAACGUCAUGUUGACGUCAAAUAUUGAAAUGUAUUCAUCAGGUAUGGCAACCAAAAUCCAACGUCUGAUAGACGUCAUAGUGGUAACAUCCACAUGAUGUCAAGCUGUAACAUCAUUA